AUCCCCCUACGCCGUCGGCCAUCCCAAUUCCCAAGCCCCCUGUUCUAUUCAUCUACACCUCGUUUCCAUUAAAGAGUAAAUACACUCUACAAUAAACACCAAACCCAAACCCAAACCCAAACCCAAACCCAUACCCAACACAUAACCCAUUAGAUAUUGUAACCGAAAAAUCAAAAGAAAACAAAAGCCAAAUCCCCCUACAAAAUAAAGAGAAAAUCAUAGAAAUUGUUUCUGGGAGUGAGAAAAAAUUUUUUUUGCUCCCUCAUUACUCAUUAGAACACCAAUCACAGGGAGAAUAGACAGGCAGACAAAAAAAGCAGCAGUAGUAGCAGAUUUGUUCUGUUUUUUAGAGAGAGAAACAAGCAUAUAAGAGAGAGAAAAAAAUUGUAAUGGAUGAUGAUGGGUUUUUUGGAAUUUUAAUGGGUUUAAAAUCCUUAAUUUUAAUAAUGAUUUUGUGGGUCUUAGCAUUGAGAAUAAUGGUAGUCUUAUGGUGGAGACCAAGGAAAAUACAGUCUCACUUUGCAAAACAGGGGAUUAAAGGGCCUCCUUACCACUUUUUCAUUGGCAAUGUCAAAGAAAUUGUUCAACUCAUGUUGAAGGCUUCUUCACAUCCAAUGCCUUUUUCUCACAACAUCCUUCCUAGAGUCUUCUCUUUCUACCAUCAAUGGAGGAAAAUUUAUGGUGCAACGUUCCUUAUAUGGUUUGGACCCACUGCUCGUUUAACAGUGUCAGAUCCGGACCUCAUCAGAGAAAUCUUCAGUACUAAGUCUGAAUUUUAUGAGAAAAUCGAGGCAAGUCCGACGAUGAAACAACUAGAAGGCAAUGGACUACUUAGUCUUAAGGGUGAGAAAUGGGCGCACCAUCGGAAGAUCAUAACACGAAUCUUCCACAUGGAAAAUCUUAAGUUGUUGAUACCAAUGGUGGGAAAAAGUGUGGAGGAAAUGUUGGACAAGUGGGACCAGAUGAUGUGUGAAAGAAAAGGAGAGAACGAAGUAGAAAUUGAAAUUUCAGAAUGGUUUCAGGGAUUGACAGAGGAUGUGAUAACUAAAAUGACAUUUGGAAACAGCUUUGAACAAGGGAAAGCCAUUUUUAAGUUACAUAGCCAGCAAAUGUUCCUUGCUGCUCAGUCUUUUCGAAAGCUUUUCAUUCCUGGUUAUAGAUUUUUACCAACCAAGAGGAAUGUGAAGUGUUGGAAAUUGGAAAAGGAACUCAGAAGAUCAUUAGUGAAACUAAUUGAAAGGAGGAAAUUAGAGAAAUGCAAUCACAACAACAAUAUUAUUAAUAUUAAUAUUAAUGAUGAUAAUAAUAAUAAUGGAUCAGAAGAAGCAGGUGGGCCCAAGGAUUUGCUUGGCCUAAUGAUCCAAGCUGGAAUGAGAGAUAAUGAUAAAUAUAGCAUUCCAGAAUUUACCUUCAAUUCUUCUUCAUCAUCAUUAAAUUAUUCUCAACAAUUAUCAAAUAAUAAUAAUAAUAAUAAUAAUAAUAAUAAUAAUAAUAAUAUAACGGUUGAUGAUAUUGUGGAAGAAUGCAAGAGUUUCUUCUUUGCUGGGAAACAAACGACGUCGAAUCUGCUGACAUGGACCACUGUACUUUUAGCUAUGCAUCCACAAUGGCAGAACCUGGCACGUGAUGAGGUCUUUAGAGUAUGCACAUCACAUGAUAUCCCUUCUAAGGAUCAUCUUUCUAAGCUUAACAUGUUGAGCAUGAUAUUGUACGAGUCUCUUCGUCUAUACCCACCUGCAAUCGCAACAAUCAGACGAGCGAAACACGACGUGGAGUUAGGUGGAUGUCGAGUCCCACGUGGGACGGAGUUACUUGUUCCAAUCUUAGCCGUCCAUCAUGAUAAAGCGAUAUGGGGAAAUGACGCGAAUGACUUCAAUCCCCUACGAUUUGCUAAUGGUGUUUCUCGUGCAGCCAAACAUCCUAUGGCAUUCAUUCCUUUUGGUCUUGGGAUUCGCACUUGCAUAGGCCAAAAUCUUGCUAUUCUACAAACCAAGCUUGUGCUUACCAUCAUUCUACAACGCUUCUCUUUUACGUUGGCCCCAUCUUAUCAACAUGCACCAACCGUAUUGAUGCUUCUUUAUCCGCAACAUGGUGCAUCUGUUGUGUUUCGACGGUUGCCCGUCCACGAUGAUAGAGGUUGUGAAGAUCAUGCAAGCUAAGGGUUUUGAUGUGGAAGGCAUGUGUAGUUAAAUCAUAAUCUAUAUUUUUGUAUUAGCUAGUUAUGUUGUUAUUGAGUUCAUCUAACAUCAAAUAUUUAGCAAAUAUUAUACUCCUUCCGAACCAAUUUAGUUGUCCCAUUUCUUUAUUUGGUAAAGUCUUUUUAGUUGUUCCAUUUCUAUUUUUGUCAAUUUUUUUUACCUAAAUAUCCUUAGUUCACACAAAUAAUUACAAAUAUACCCUCAUAUACCUUACUUAUCCAACUAUCCUUCACUAUUUACCCUUCAUUACUUACCCUUUGCUACUUACCCUUUUUAAUGGACCCCACACCAUCCUUAAUAACCGUGUCCAAGUAAAUGAGACAUCUAAAUUGGUUCGGAGGGAGUAUCUCGUAAUCUUGUUAAAAAGUUAGAAAUAUAUUAGGUUGUAGUAUAUGACCUCUAAAUAGGGGUCUUAAGCGAGGGCAAUUUAGAAUUUUUCAAGGUGAAACGUAUAGCAUGUCUUGACUCUUUGGAUGGACUUUUAAGACUUGUUAUGAGGGAUUAGUCGGUUUGUAACUUAGGUCGAUAUGUACGUAGUGGUUGCAAACUUUCAAUAUACGAGUUACAAAAUAGUUCAAGAGUGAUCAAUAUAUGUAUAAUUUUCAUCUGGUUAUUGAACUUUAAAAACUCUCAUGUCUAAAAAAUAUAUCUUGAU